GACAAUAUGAAUAAUCAUACUUCAAAAUCUACUUUUCUGCUGAUGAGAAUCUCUGAUGUCCAAGAACUGCAGAUCUUACAUGCCUUUGUAUUUCUAGCAUUAUACCUGCUGUCAAUAAUUGGAAACCUUCUCAUUCUUAUUGCAGUGGCUUUGGAUUACCGCCUUCACACUCCCAUGUAUUUCUUCCUGUCCAAUUUAGCAGUGCUAGACCUUGGCUCAGUGUCAGUCACACUGCCCAAAUCCAUUGCUAUGUCCCUUGCAGAUGACACUUCAAUUUCAUAUUAUGGAUGCGUUGCUCAGGUGUUCUUUUUUAUCUUCUUUUUUGCUACAGGUUUUUGUGUCUUAAUUCUAAUGGCUCAUGAUCGCAAUAUUGCUAUUUGCAAACCACUCCAGUAUGAAAGAAUCAUGCACAAAGAAGUUUGCUUUCAUAUGGUAGCACUAGGUUGGUUUGCUGGUCUUUGUAAUGCCCUAUUACACACUGGUGGCACUUUUGCAAAUGCCUUCUGUUCUAAUACAGUCAGUCAGUUCUUCUGUGAAAUUCCACAGUUAUUAAAGCUCUCCUGCUCUGACCUUUAUCUUGUGGAAUUUGGGCUUAUUGUACUCAGCUGCAGUAUAGCAAUAGGAAGCCUCAUCUUCAUCAUCAAAACAUAUGUGCAGAUCUUUGCUACGGUGCUCAGAAUCCCCUCAGUACAUGGUCAGAGAAAAGCCUUCUCCACCUGUAUUCCUCACCUCACUGUUGUCUCUGUGUUAAUACUGUGUGGAGGUUCUGCUCAUGCAAGGCCCCCAACUAAUACCACUUCAGCUCUGGAUGUGGCAUUUGCAGUGAUUUAUUCUAUAAUUCCUCCCCUGUUGAAUCCAUUCAUCUAUAGCAUGAGAAACAAAGAGCUCAAGGCUGCUUUGUGGAAAUUGUUAAAUUUCAGGUUUUCUUCUAAAACCAUUUCUAUCCAUCUUUAG